CGCUCGUUCAGCCGCAAGGAGUGCGCAGUCGACGGGGAAUACUUCGAGGAGGAUAUGGCUAAGAUUGAAAGGUCAGAUCGGCGACCAAAUCAAAACCCAAGGAAACGAAUCAAGGAGGACGCUGAAGAAGGCAUUCUCCAUCCGGAAAGUAUUCUAAAAGGCCGAGGAAGCUGUACUGAAAGCUAAAUUGCAGGGCAUAGAGGAAGGAACACGGGAUAACUCGAAGGACAACGCAAAAAUAUAAUGGCGAAUCCACCGUUUUUAAGUGGCCUGGGAGUUGCUUUCAGAAACGAUAAACGGAAAUUUCUCUCGAAGCCACCGUCGCCGGGACAGUGUAUCUCCCUUCUUUCUGGCAGCAGUCAACACGGCGUAAUAUGUCGCGGCGGUGUGUGGUUGGCUUGUACGCGCCAGCUAGCUUAUGUUUUUGAUCGAGUUUGCUUAGGGCGAAGACUACCAAGAGAGGCUGCGGCAGGCUUGCCCCUCCUUCUCAACGCCCUAAAAAAUCAAGACUCAGAUGUUACUGACACGCAAAAGGCCACUAAAACGGAUACGGAUAAUAUGUUCAUGGUUCGGUUUUCCCUGGAAGAAACAUUCUAUGCUGUGUGGAUACUUAACUGUCUUACAGUCCAUACCUCGUCAUCUAAUAAAUCCGAAAGCGCUGAAGGGGAUGGUAAUUUGUCUUGCAGGCUCAGCCGUUCUGAGCUCUGGCGCACGCUUAUUAGACUGGAGAAUGCUAGAAGUGGAGGACAGACGACCAUGGGCAUUUGCCAUUUGAUUUCUCGCAUCUGUUCUUACCUUCACUUCCGCAGGGUUGGUUGGUUGCCGAAAUCAGGCCUGCAGUAUGGUUCUGACUUCGUGCUUUACUACUGCCAUCCAAGCACGGUGCAUUCGGAAUAUUGUGUUGUGCUACAUCCACAUAAAGCGGGAAAUGCGUUGAGAGAUGACAGUGCCAUUGCCGCACAGAAACUUGAACAAGACUGUGCACUUCAAUCCAAUUCUAUAGAAACUGAUCAACUAGCAAGCUGGGCAGAUGUUCAAGCAGUUACCCGACUUUGUGGACAGGUGAGCAAAUCGCUCGUCGCAGCCUACAUGCCUUGCGCGCCUGAGAAAAGGCUGACUACUCACCAAAAAGUCCAUGAAAUCUGGAUGAAGGAGAUGCGCAUGUUUCGAUUAACUUCAGAGAAACUGACAAAAAAUUGUCAUGCAUGAAACACUUCACUCGUUGAGGGUCUGGUACUGUUCGAAGAAAGCAACAAAAUGUUGUCUUAACAAAACUGUCACUUGCAAAACGUAAGAGUUUAACAAUCACCCGGUAUCGUAAAUCGACAGCUUGGGUCUAUGUGCUUCAUGCGUUGUGGACAUUUUUGUCUUCGUGAACUUGGGAACGUGUUUUUGCUCCACCUACAUGCUGCCUGCACGUGGUACCUUGGUACGAAGGUACCUUCGAGGGUAACAUUUUUGACUUCCACGCACUGCGCCGAAGAGAAAUAAUAAACGAUCAUUAUUGAAAGGUACCCAGCCAUGCAUAUAUGAAGCAAGCAAGGUACCUUCAUUAUUAUUAUUCGUACCUUCGUAUAUAUGUACGUACGUAUCGUACCUUAUUAUUAUUAGUAUAUAAUAAUAUAUCAGCUACAUAUAUAUUAAA